AUGGUGAGUGGAGAGAGAGAGAUUUCAUUGCAUUGCCCAGUACCGAUUGCGACCUUUCCAUCCGAGCACAGCCUUCGGACACAACUGGACCGUACGGAUUGGGGCGCCCUCAAAUACAUCGAAGAGCUUCAAAAGAAGAAGCAGUCGGACGUGCUCCGAUUCCUUCUCCAGUGUAUAUCCUGUAGGGAGCUGCGCCAGCUCAACGUCAUCCACCGUGCCAGCCGGCCCUCUCGCCCCGACAAGGCGCGCCGCCUCGGGUACAAGGCCAAGCAGGGCUAUGUGAUCUACCGCGUGCGGGUCCGCCGCGGCGGCAGGAAGAGGCCUGUCCCCAAGGGCGCAACCUACGGCAAGCCAACCAACCAGGGAGUGAACCAGCUCAAGUACCAGCGCUCGCUGAAGUCCACGGCCGAGGAGCGCGUCGGACGCCGCUGCGCCAACCUGCGCGUCCUCAACUCGUACUGGAUCAACCAGGACUCGACGUACAAGUACUUCGAGGUCAUCCUCGUCGACCCGCAACACAAGGCUAUUCGCCGCGAUCCGCGCAUCAACUGGAUCGUCAAGCCUGUGCACAAGCACCGCGAAUCCCGCGGCCUCACCGCAACGGGUAAGAAGUCGAGGGGUCUGGGCAAGGGCCACAAGUACAACAAGACCACCGCCGGUCGCCGCAAGACAUGGAAGAGGCACAACACGCUUUCUCUCUGGCGCUACCGCUAG